CGAAAGUUUUUCAAGAACGCGAUAUUCCUUUCAAAAUCGAGCACUUUUACGAAUUUGUUCUAACGUAUGCAAUAUUGGCUAUAAGAAAUGUGACUAUCUUUAUGUCUUUCAGUCUUUGAGCAUUUCAUAAGAAAAUGCACCAGGAGGUCAAAUACGCUGAACGACAGGAUGCACAAAACUGGCACUUGACUAGUACUGGAGUUGGUCAUCACUACCGUCCUGGAUAUUUUUUCCCAGAUUCUGAUUUCAAGACACUUCUUAGAGAGCCACUUCCUGCUCCACUUGCAAAAGAGGAUGAAGUUACAAAAGAGAAGCCUUUCCUUACAACCAAUGAAUACUAUCAUGAUAAAAAGUUUCCAGGUCUUCUUUACAAAGAUAAAGAACACAAAAAAGCACCAGGGCACUGGAAUGUUACUUACGUCAAAGAUCUUGCAGAAAAGCUAGGACAAGGUGGAUGGCGCAGGCCUUUAACAAUGGGAAAUCAGUUAAGUGAAAUGAAAGAUAAAUAUCAAGCCCAACCACCUGAAGUCAAAGACAAAUAUGCAUUUCAGGAAGUUUAUCAUCCACAAAAUUUUCUGUUACAAGAUCAUCACAAAGAAGGACCAUCUAAGGUAGGUGUAGCCAGCACACAGAAUCCCAAACUUCAAGGCAAACCAUUUUAUGUGAAAGAUAAAGGACUGCUGAACAUACUUGACCCGUAUCUUAGCACAACCCAGCGGGACCACAGAAUGUUCACACCAGCUGAACUUAAUGAUUACCCCAAAAAAGAUAUACCCACCUUCUGGGAAUGUGAAAAUUAUCCAAAGUCAUGGGGUCAUGGCUUACAUCACAACCCACUACCUAAAGACAAUGUCCCAAGGGAGAAGUUGCCAAUGCGAGAUGAAAUGAUCUUUCCAACUGCUACAAAGAUUCCUCGUAUACCCAAAUCUGCAGUUCCAGUACCACAUACGGGAUUAAAAACAGUGUAUGAUGAUUCAUAUCAGUUCCCCAGUCAUGUGAACAUGAAGGAGAACUAUUAUUGCCCUGUAGACCCUCCCUUCAAGUUGCCUGAUCCUGGGACCAAGUCUGUUUACACGGCACCAAAGAUGUACAACACAGAGUACCAGAACAUUGGCAGCAAGAAGCCAGUCACAGUUUCCAAAUAGAGUCUUUAAUGAUUGAUGUUCAAGACCUAACUAUAGUAUUAUGUUCAUGACUGAAUGUUAUAACAAUCUAUCUCCCAUUUAUAAAAAGUACUUUUCAAGAUAUAAGAAAGGUUUCUUUUUUUAGGGUGAAAAAAAUGAUCAAAUUUGAAGUUUAUAAAAAACAACAACUAAUGUUUCCUAGAACAAUCUUUACAUGUUUAGAUCACCAGAAUGGUUGUCUUUAAAAAAGUAGAUAUUUCCAUUUUAUUCCUUGCUUCACUAAGUUACGAUUCACUUUUCUGAGCAAUUUACUUAAUUAGUAGUUUGAUUGGUCAAUCUAAGCUUUUUAAAAACUCGUAUAAAACAAAAUGUCUCCAUUUGAAUGAAAGUAUCCCAUAUAAAAGUUAACACAAACACUUGGUCAAAAAUGUUAUGGUUUGAUUAAAAAAAUAAAUAACUAGCAAAGGCUCUCAGAUAUGACAAAAUAUUCAUUUUGACUUUAUUCAUAAAAUGUAUAGUUUUCUCACAUACAUCACAUUAUAUACAUUUUUAUUUUUAGAAUAAACUGCAACCAUUUUUUAUUUAUAACUAAAUGUUUGAAUGCUUUCAAAUGUAACCCAGACUAAAAAUGUGUCUACUUCCCCUGUUAACAAUAUUUUAAUACAAACUUUUAGAUGUUAUAUAUUUUUAAGGUUUUGCAUGGCUGAAGGGUUUUCCUAUUUCCUUUUGAACACCAAGCUAUGAAUAUGCUCAGUAUAGUUUAUUGCCCUUGCCCACAGGAUCAUCAUUUGAGAACAGGAUGCAUUAACCAUUAUUUACAUUUGAAACCAACCACAAAGCUGUACCACUGUGGAAUCUGUUUCAAUUUCAAUCUAUUAAAAGAUUUAGUUUUUGGGUCAACAGCCAACAUUUUUAUACAAUAGUGAAGAAUAGCAAUAUUUCACUGGCAGAAGUGAAAAUUGUCUAGAAAGGACAGAGGUGAAUGGUUCAAAAACAAUAUUUCAAAAAAUAUUUAUUGUAAUAUGGUUGAUAAUAGAAAUGUUUUUAAAAAUGAUCCUAGAUCGAUGUUUCAUUUUAGAACUUUGUAACAGCUUGAAAACAAAUACAUUUCAUUUUGCUAAGUGA